UUCUAUAAAACUCCCUCUUUGAAGAGGAAAACCUGAGCAGAGAGUGACAGAGAGAGACAGAGGGAGCGUCAAUGGCGAAGAGCGCUUACCUGAGAACGAAGGCGGACUACUCCACCAGUAUCGUCGAAGAGCUGAUCCAGUCGGAUCUGAACGAGCUCGGCGUCGCCGCACGGAAGCUCGCCAAUCACGCCAUAAUGCUCGCUAGCGGCUUGGGCUUCGGCACCGUCUUCCUCCAGUACCUCGCUUCCUUCGCCGCCAUAUAUUUGUUGAUACUGGAUCGCACAAAUUGGAAGACAAACAUGUUGACUUCGCUUUUAAUUCCAUAUAUCUUCUUCAGCCUUCCAUCGCUCAUAUUUUCUUUUCUGAGAGGGGAAUUUGGGAAAUGGGUUGCAUUGAUUGCUGUAGUUUUGCGCCUUUUCUUUCCUCGACGCUUCCCUGACUGGUUGGAGAUGCCUGGGGCAUUGAUCCUUCUAUUGGUGGUUGCUCCUGGAUUCUUUGCCAACACUAUAAGAGGUGGUAUCGUGGGCUACUUCAUAUGCCUCGCCAUUGGUUGUUACCUGAUUCAGGAGCACAUCCGAGCAUCCGGCGGCUUCAGAAACUCAUUCACCAAGAGCAAUGGUAUCUCGAACAGCAUAGGCAUCAUUCUUCUCUUCAUCUACCCGGUUUGGGCCUUAAUCCUCUAUUGGUAGACACUCCUACUGUCAUUAUGAUCUUCAAAGAGGGAGUUGGGGACUGUUAAAGAGGUGGGUGGGUGUUCAUUUGAGCAUUUCAUUUUCUGGUGUUGUAAGAUUUGUGUUCCUUGUUUGUAAGAGAUGAUGGUUGACCUCCCUAAACUAGUUUGUUUGUAAGAGAUGAUGGUUGACCUCCCUAAACUAGUAGUCAAGUAGUAAAGUUCAAUUUUAUAUGUUUGUUAUAA